UUUUUAUAUGUAGGAAAAAGCUUAUUGUGCUAAUUAUGAAUCAGCUGUCUCCACUCAUGACAUCAUUUCCCCUAUAAAAAGGGCAUCAGUCUCCACAUUACACCACCUUUGAUAAAGCUGCCUGGUGCAGCGAAACGUGUCAGUAGAGACCUUAGGUGGACCAAUUGUGACCAGCACCAUCACCAUCCAAAUGUUUACAGUCAGGACUCUUUGUGGAUUUACCCCCUUCUGUGGACCAGGACUCCAGUGCCGGCAGUGCAACUGCCUACAACCUUUCCUUUGGAGAUCUCAUUUAUUGGAACACAGAAUUACUUGCCAAAAUCAGGACUUCAUCAUUGGUUCCUGUUGCUCACUGUGAACCAGGACUCCAUUAUCUGUUGCCGUUGCCAUACGAAUCAGUAUCUACAGGAGUCUUUCAAUUGGAACACAGCUUUGCUGCUGGAUCAAGCCACUCGUCACAGCGCCUGAUUAUAUAUACUUGUUAUAUAUAUUUCCUGCAAACGCUUGGAUCCGCCUGUGUUGGACUCACCACGCCUGGUAGAUGAUUCCACCAGUUUGUGAGAUGAAGAAAGUAGGAUCCUCUACUAAAAGCUGAAAUCAAUGGAUUAUGCCAAUGCAGCUGAGCUGGAAACCUUCUAUACUUCCCACUCACAGACAGUAUGAUGAGUAAACUAGCGGACACGAAGGAGCAGAUGAUACCAUGAAGAGAAGGUCACAGGCCCUCUGUUGCCAUCUGUUUAAUGUUCUACUUGUUUUGGCACAGGCAGAGAAAAAAAUAUUUGCAUUUAAGGAACAGUUUCCAACCUCCCCAUCUUACCACUUUCUGGAAGAAACCAACCCCAAUGCAGCGAUGGUAAUACCGAGUGUCAGCUUCGGUCUUGUUCGGAAGUCUGCGAAGUCUGGCACAAGGAUGUCUGUAAAAUCUGCAGACUUGGUGCCUCCUCUUCACAGCGAAGGUGUUGAUUACAAUGACAGGCUUAUGGCUACGCCACCUCUCAAUAUUCAGGGUGUUACACAUUCAGGAAAUGCACACAGUAAAAGGAAAUCAUCUGCAAAUGUGACAGAUGUGUUCAUUACAGAAACUUACCUCAAACCCGAGCUCAAUUCAAGCUUUUCAAUGAGGACUACAUCAACCACAGACCAUAGCAGCACUAUACUUGGAUUUCUUAAAGAUACUUUGCUGGGACAUGUUGGCACUUUGCAAAGCUUUCCCCAAGAAGACAAGACAGAAGGUUCUACCACCUUUACCAUUGAUAUGUUAAAGAACAAUGAAUCAGUGUCCGUGCCUUUUAAGAGCCAUCAUUCUAAAUUAUGGGAUGUGUUAAAUCGAAAUGGCUCCUUGUUCUCUAUAAGACAAGGUAAGAAUGGAACUUUGCAAACAGUUACAAGAAUGACAACAUCUCCCACAUUUCUGUACACUUCCGCUGAUUCUAAGAGCACAACAUUUGCUUUAGGAACCACCAAGGGUACUGUUGAGAAGCCCCAUACUAUAUCAAACGUAGCUACCACAUUAGACUUGAUUUUGUCAACAGAUGUCAGUACUAGAAGUUCCAUUACUAUGUCCACAGCUGGGUCCACAGCAACUGGAAAUUUUCUUAACAGGCUGGUGCCUGCUGGAACGUGGAAACCUGGGGUUCCUGGUAACAUAUCCCAUGUAACAGAGGAGGGCAGCCAACCCCAACACAGAGAAACUAUCUGUCUCAGCAAAAUGGAUAUUGCUUGGAUAUUCUUGGCUAUUAGUGUACCAAUAUCAUCAUGUUCGGUCUUAUUGACAGUGUGCUGCAUGAGGCGGAAGAAGAAGGCCUCUAACCCCGAUAAUAACUUAAGUUACUGGAAUAAUGCAAUUACCAUGGACUACUUCAACAAACAUGCUGUGGAGCUACCACGGGAAAUCCAGUCUCUAGAAACAUCAGAGGACCAUCUCUCCGAGCCUCGCUCCCCAGCCAAUGGUGACUAUCGAAACAGUGGAAUGGUCCUUGUCAAUCCAUUUUGUCAGGAAACACUUUUUUCAGGACGUGAACAGGUUUCUGAAAUAUGAAGAUCACUGAAGAAGCAUAUACCCUUUAUGUUACUUUAUUUCUAGUACGAAACAUAAACAGUCUAGAAUAAAAAGGACAGCUUACACACAGCCAAUAAAGAAGGUAUAAGCUCUGUCUAUUGACUCACUGUAGAAACUGGGUAAUAAGCAGUUUAGUUGGGUUUAGCUGAUGUUACAGUGAUACCUCCAAAAAGCAGAUUUAAGUAAAUACAUUCACCUGUAAUAUAAAUAUGCUUUGUGUACCCUCUUUUCCUCCCAUGACUACAAUGUUUUCAGCUUGUUUUCCUAAGAUUUGUCAUCUUUUUACAAUUGUGGUAAGACUUUACAGAAUAAUCUGUGGCUUUAUAAAUAAAGUUAU